AUGCAGGCGCUGGCGAUCGUCGUCGCCGCCGCCGCGCACGACGUCGGGCACGAAGGUUUAUCGAACGCGCACCUCGUCACGACCGCGGCGGACGUGGCGACGCGCUGGAACGACGUCAGCGUGAACGAGAACGGGCACGCCCACGUCACGCUGGGCUUACUGAAAAAGCACGGGGUGCUUGAGUCGUUCGACAGGGAAGCCGCGCUCGCGUUUCGCGCGAUCGUCAGACGUUUGAUUCUCGCGACGGACAUGGAGAACCACACGCACAUGAUGAGCGAUUUCGUGGCGAUGGCCGACGCCGCGGACGGCGCGCCGGUGAUGCGAUGGAAAGACCCGACGCUGGCGAUGUGUUACGCCCUGCACGUCGCGGACAUAUCAUCCCCGGCGCGGCGCGAGGAAGUCGCCGAGAAGUGGGCGGAGAGAAUCACCGAGGAGUUUUACAAGCAAGGGGACAAGGAGCGCGCGCUCGGGAUGACCCCGGUCGCGUUCUGCGACCGGACGCUCGCGACGCCGACGUCGCGCGCGUCGAACCAGCUGCACUUCAUCGACUACGUGUGCAAGCCGUGCAUCGAGAUCUUAGCGACGACGCUGCCGGACGCGGCCGAGUUGAUGUUGCGUCACCUCACGCGGAACCGGGAGAUGUACCGGCGGAUGUGCGAGGAGGACACCACCGCGGUGGGGGCGUAG